AAGGCAUACCAAAAUCACAAAUUCCGACAACCAUAUCAUCAAGCAAUGAGUUACUGCUCAAUGGUAUUACAAGAUCACUCUUGGCCUUGGACAGAGGAACUAGAUGCACUUUCUUAUUUGGAAGCUGAAGACUUGGCUAAGUUUGUUCCAAUGUUGUUAUCAAGGACAUUUGUUGAGUGCUAUAUUGCAGGAAAUGUUGAGAAGAGCGAAGCUGAGUCAAUGGUGAAGCAUGUUGAAGAUGUUCUCUUUAACGAUCCUAAACCUAUUUGUCGUCCGUUAUUUGCAUCUCAGUUCUUGACAAAUAGGGUUACAGAGCUCAAAACAGGAAUGAAAUACUUCUACAAUCAACAAGGCACAAACCCCAACGAUGAAAAUUCUGCUCUAGUCCAUUACAUUCAGGUUCAUCAAGAUGAGUUUUCCAUGAAUAUCAAACUUCAAAUGUUUAAACUUAUUGCAAAGCAAGCCACUUUUCACCAGCUUAGAACGGUUGAGCAACUUGGUUACAUCACUUCACUCUCUCAAAGAAACGACUCUGGUGUCUAUGGUGUACAGUUCAUUAUCCAGUCUUCAGUCAAGGGUCCUGGAGAUAUAGAUUUGAGGGUCGAGUCACUACUCAAAGACCUUGAGAGUAAACUUUACAAUAUUAGCGAUGAAGAAUUCAAGAGCAAUGUAACAGCGUUGAUAGAUAUGAAGCUUGAAAAACACAAGAACUUGAGUGAGGAAUCCGGGUUUUACUGGGGAGAGAUUCAAGACGGGACACUCAAAUUUAACCGCAUAGACGCAGAGGUGACUGCACUGAAAGAGCUAAAGAAGGAAGAACUAAUAGAUUUCUUCAACGAAUACAUAAAGGUUGACGCACCAAAAAAGAAAUCGUUGAGUGUAUGCGUUUACGGAAACCAACAUUCAAAGGAAAUGGCAUCUGACAAAGACAAAGUCGUAUCACCAUCUGUAGAAAUCGAAGACAUUGCUGGUUUCAGAAACUCUCUACCUCUUUACGGAUCGUUGAGAGGUUGUAACCAGCUGAAACUGUGAUGAGCUCCCAACACUUUUCAAAGAUUUAUACACACACUCAUAUUCA